UUAUAGGUUAUGUUGGGUCGAUUAACAAUAAAUUGUUAUUAUGUACCUUCUAUCGUAAAAUAUAAAAUCCGUUAAGAUACGAAUGUCACGACUUGCAAUUAUAUGUGCUUAGUUAGUAACCGUUUCUAUAUAAUUUAACAUAAAUCACCCAUAAUUUCAUCUACAAUGUUCUGUUUAUGUAUCACCAUUCUCUUCGUUGUGCCAUUUAUAUUCUUCGGAGUGCUGCUGUUUGCAACAUUUGUGUUGGUGCCAGCUGCCUUCAUCUUUGCAUCAUGGUACAUGAGGAUAAAGGAACGCAAACGGCAACGGAGGAACCAUGAUGGUGCAAAUGUGGCAUUCUUCCAUCCUUAUUGCAAUGCAGGUGGAGGCGGCGAAAGGGUGCUGUGGGUGGCCAUAAAAGCAGUUUUAGAGAGGUAUCCCAAUACGAAUAUCUACAUCUAUACAGUUGAAACGGCUGAAGCAAAGACAAUCCUGGAUAAAGCCCAAAAUCAGUUCAAUGUGAAACUGCAGGAUGCCAAUAUAAAUUUCAUACGUCUAUCCACACAGUUCGUUAUUGAAGUUAAAAUGUAUCCGUACUUCACGUUGCUGCUUCAAAAUCUAGGGUCUAUGAUCAUGGGAAUGGAAGCAUUUAUGAAAUUAAACCCAGAUAUUUACAUUGACACAACUGGAUUCGCAUUCACAUACCCCAUAUUCCGGUACCUGGCGCAGUGUCCCGUGGGGUGCUACGUGCACUACCCCACCAUCACUAGCGCCAUGAUGCGCAGAGUUCAGCACAGGAUAGUGGCAUACAAUAACUCCAGCCUCAUAGCCAGGAAUCCACUGUUCACGUGGAUCAAAUUGUUUUACUACAAGAUCUUUGGAUGGUUGUACGGCAUCGUGGGUCGCUGCGCAGAUAUAGUGAUGGUGAAUGGAUCCUGGACCGAGGGUCACAUAGAGGAGCUGUGGGAUGUCCCGGAAAAGACAUACAAAGUGUAUCCACCCUGUGAGGUAUCAGAACUAAAACAGCUGCGUUCUUUAGUAAAAGAUACGGAUCCUAUAAACAUACUGUCAGUGGCACAGUUCAGACCGGAGAAAGAUCAUCCACUGAUGCUGCAAGCGUUGUACGAGCUGAGGAAUUUGCUGGUGAAGAAUGAACUGCUUUGGAAUAAGAUAAAGCUGAUCCUUGUGGGCUCCUGCCGCAAUGCUGAGGAUGAGGAGAGGGUCCAGAACCUGAAGGACCUCUCCAAGCAUCUGUCUUUAGAAGACAAUGUCCAGUUUGUGGUGAACGCGCCGUAUGGUCGUCUGCUACAACUCUACCAGACAUCUACCGUCGGCCUGCAUGCCAUGUGGAAUGAGCACUUUGGCAUUAGUGUGGUAGAAUGCAUGGCAGCAGGCUUGAUAAUGGUGGCACACCGGUCGGGGGGGCCGCUCGGCGACAUCGUGCACACCGCGGACGACACCCGCACUGGUUUCCUCGCAACUGAGGCUGAUGAGUAUGCGAGAGCAAUACUCGAGGUGAUAGCUCUGCCUAUUGACGAGAGAAAAAGGAUAGUUCAGGCUGCAAGGGCGUCAGUGGGCCGCUUCUCAGAGGCGGAGUUCGAGAAAUCAUUCCUCAGAGCUAUGGAGCCUCUUGUAAGAAUAGACUAGCAUUUAUUUGCAUUUAGCACUGUUUUUAAUUACGCUAGAUGUUCACAGACUGCUUAAUAUUUCAUGUAUCAAUGAAACGUGAUUUAAAACUACACGUUGUUAAAACCGGUUCGCUAUAGAAAUCGAAUCGUGAUUAGAAACUAGCUGUUAUUUUUAAUCGCCUUCAAACUGUUAUAAAAUAUCUGUUGAAACGAAACCAAACGUAACUUAACAUAACACGAACUGUUAUUUU